GAAGUAUGGAUGUGGUUGCUUAUUAACUAUGGAAUAGAAUUUCAGGUACAGGACAGGUUCAUUUUCACGUAACAGACAGUGUACUGCACGUAGCCGUGUGAGAAAGGACCGAGAAGCAUCAGAACAGCCGUGUUGGGACUCAUCAGGCAGAGGACAUGUUCCCUGAACUCAACAGCAUCCUUAACACCAGUCCGGACAAUUUUAAAGGGGGAGAAUAUAUCCUGGUCUCUGACAAAAAGGCAGACGCUUCAUUCCUCAUUCAUCAUUUUCUUACCUUCUACUUACGUGCUGGCUGUAAAGUGUGUUUUCUGGGCCUUGUGCAGUCCUUCAGUCAUUACAAUGCUGUCAGUCAAAGACUGGGUGUCAGCCUCAUACAGGCAAGGGAGAAGGGACAGUUGGUGUUCCUUGAAGGACUGAAGGACUCUCUCAGUGUCUUGGCACAGGAAAGCCCUAGUGAUGAAAAGCAUACAUUAGAUUAUCUCAGGCCCCCUUGUGCUGACUUGCGGGGUCUUUUUGAGUUUGUACAGGCCUCUGUGAAUCAGACUGGGAGCAGUGGUGGUGCUUUGUGGGGGCCCCCAGUGCUGGUCAUAGAUGACCUGAGUGUUCUACUCAGUCUGGGUGUCAGUGUUGGAGCAGCACUAGACUUCAGUCACUACUGCAAGACCACCAUAUGCUCUGAGCUCCAGGGCAAUAUAGUGACUCUUGUGCGAUGUGAAGAGGAAGAAGACGAGGAUGAGAUUGAAGAUGACAGCUCAGACAUGCUCUUGAGGGGACUUACCCAUCAAUGCAGCCUUGGUCUCCGGGUCGAGGGUCUUUCCACUGGUUACUGCAGGGACAUACAUGGACAGGUUGAGGUUUGGUGGCGUGAGAGGUGUGGAAGUGCACAGACCCAGAGAAAGGUCUUUCAGUAUAAAGUUCAUGACAAAGGAGCAUCGUUCUUUGCCCGAGGAACCUCGAGUGCAGUACUCUGAUCCGUUUGCAACCGAACAGCACCGCAGCUUCACUCAGGAAAUAUCUGUGUCAGUUAGUAAACAUGGAACUCCGAUCCCAUACCAUCUCUUAACACAACUCGUCACAUUGUGGACUGUUUAUAUAUAAGUUACACUGGGUUUACCCUGUGUUUUUAUUGAAGUUCUUUGUUUUGCAAGGUGUAUAAACUGAACUUGACAACCCCAUACGGAGUAAUAUUUGA